AUGGUCGGACCGUCCGGCGCGGACACUACGCUUGCCUCGGUCGCCGGGUGCUCGGAGACUCCACUAGACUCCCAAGAACACGGCAAUGUGGCGAGCAGCCUGAGCACGGAACAGGUGUCCCGACCCGUCUCUCACCCGGCCGCGACGUCCAAACCCGGGCACAUGCAGACAUUAUGGAUUCUGAUCUUCAAGGGUCAGCCACAGGAUCUCCAGAGCACGCGAGUCACAGAAUUGUAUAUCACCUUCGAUGAAGAUGAAGGAACAAAUGUCACGAUUCAGAUGCAAGGGGAGUACCCGAAUUUCAGGCCGCAUGAGGAAUGGAAUCAACCGUUGCCAUGGAUGAGACCGAACUUCUAUCGGCGGCUAGCUGUCACAUCGUUCAUGACGACGGGAAGGGAGUUGAACAUGCGCGUGCGAGACGCCAUUUGGGACACGCCGAUAAAUAAUCCGGAACUGGACUACACGUGCCAGAGCUGGGUGGGAGAUGUCGUUACGAUGCUGCAAGAGGUGAAUCUAAUCACAGCCGAGGAGGGUGAUAACGCCCUCAAUGGGAUGGUCAAUUACAUUUCACAGGCACCCUGGCGGUAG